CUUUACUCGUCUCCGGGAGCAGGGCGAACAUGGCACCGGAGCGGCAGAGGGAAUAACGCUGGAAAACAGGACGGAAUUACCACGAAACUAAACGCGGAACGGGGGAGGAAAACGCGUCGGGAUAAAGCGCAGGGUCCGUGCUCGUUCGACGCGGGAAGGAUGAUUCUGUGAUCACUUCGGAAUCCUCUGACCUUUUUUGUGCGAGGGUUUUGUGUUUUUCUUGUUUUUUUUCCUCCGUGGACUUUUCUUUGGCCCGGCGUCGUUCCAGCGCUGCCCCAGACAGAGGAGGCUCUUCCUGGGCAGCUGCGUCCUGACUCCCCCCUCCUCCUCCUCCUCCUCCAUCUCUGCUUCCUGUCCUUGGACUCUCCGGCACCACGCCUCUCCCUCUCUCACGACCGUCCCCGACACACAUUUGGACUUUUUCCCCCGCGCUCCGACGUUUCUCCGAUUCCUCCGACUUUUUCCCCCCCAUUUUUUUUUUUUUUUUUUUUUUUUUUUUUUUUUGGAUCGCCGUUUCAGUUUCCUCCUUUUUUUUUUCUUUUUUUUGUUUUAAUUUCUGGACAAACCUUUCCCAAAAAAACAGUUUUAUUUCGUCUCCAGCCGUCGGUGAAAACUUGAGACGUAAGAACCCGCCUGGAAUCGGAAGAAAUUAUCGGAAAAUGCGGUGAAAAUAAAUCAGGAAUUCAAAUCGGAAUUACGCCGAGGAGUGGACGGGAAAAGCAAGAGAGAAACGAGGACUCGGAAAACCAGGUUAAACCGGGACUAAAGAGCGUGAAAACUGGAUCUGAACCGGGACUAAACCGGGCCUUAAACGAGGGCCUGGACCAGGACUGAACCAGGAUUAAACGAGACUUCAAACCAGAGACUGAAAAAAAUAAAAUAAAAUCUGAACCAGGAGGGAGUUGGAUCUGAACCAGGACUAAACCAGCUCCUGAACCAGGUCUGAACUCGGAGGGAACUGGGUCUGAGCCAGAACUAAACCAGGACUUAACCAGGACCUGAACCAAGUCUGAACGAGGCGGGAACUGGGUCUGAGCCAGAACUAAACCGGGAUUAAACGGGGCUUGAAACCAGAGACUGAAUAAAAUCUGAACCAGGACAAAACCUGGCCUUAAACCAGGGCCUGAACCAAGUCUGAACCAGGAGGGGACUAGAUCUGAACCAGGACUAAAGUGGGACCUGAACCAAGUCCGAACGAGGCGGGAACUGGGUCUGGACCAGAACUAGACCAGGAUUAAACCGGGCUUUAAACCAGAGACUGAACAAAAUCUGUGCCAGGAGGGGACGAGAUCUACACCAGGCCUUAAACCAGGGCCUGAACCAAGUCUGAACCAGGAGGGGGACUAGAUCUGAACCAGAACUAAACCAGGCCUUAAACCAGAGACUGAACCAAGUCUGAACCAGGACGGAACUCGGUCUGAGCCAGAACUAAACCAGGAUUAAGCGAGACUUUAAACCAGAGACUGAACAAAGUCUGAACCGGGAGGGAAUCGUGUGCGUGAACCAGAACUAAUCCGGAUCUAAACCAGGCCUCGAACCGGAUCUAAACGGGUCGUCGUCGUUGUGGUCGCCGCGCGGAGACAUGACGUCGAUGUCGAGCCUGUUCUCGUUCACGAGCCCGGCCGUGAAGCGCCUGCUCGGGUGGAAGCAGGGCGACGAGGAGGAGAAGUGGGCGGAGAAGGCCGUGGACGCGCUGGUCAAGAAGCUGAAGAAGAAGAAGGGCGCGAUGGAGGACCUGGAGAAGGCCCUGAGCUGCCCCGGGCAACCCAGCAAGUGUGUGACCAUCCCCAGGUCUCUGGACGGACGCCUGCAGGUGUCCCACAGGAAGGGUCUCCCUCACGUGAUCUACUGCCGCGUCUGGAGGUGGCCCGACCUCCAGUCCCACCACGAGCUCAAGCCCCUGGAGCUGUGCGAGUUUCCCUUCGGCUCCAAACAGAAGGAAGUCUGCAUCAACCCGUACCACUACAAACGAGUGGAGAGCCCAGUGCUGCCCCCGGUGUUGGUUCCCCGUCACAGCGAGUUCAACCCUCAGCACAGUCUCCUGGUCCAGUUCAGAAACCUGACCCACAACGAGCCGCACAUGCCCCUGAACGCCACCUUCCCAGAGUCCUUCCAGCCGCCCCACAGCGCCAGCAGCAGCAACCUGUCGCCUAACUCGCCCUACGGACCGCCCUCGCCCGCCAGCACCACCUACCCCAACUCCCCCGCCAGCUCCGGACCCGCCAGCCCCUUCCAGCUGCCAGCGGACACUCCUCCUCCGGCGUACAUGCCUCCUGAUGAGCAGCUGGGGCAGGAGAGUCAGUCCAUGGAGACGAGCAGCAGCCUGGUGCAGCCCAACAUCACCAGAGGAGACGUGCAGCCGGUGGAGUACGAGGAGCCGUCGCACUGGUGCUCCAUCAUGUACUACGAGCUGAACAACCGCGUGGGCGAGGCCUACCACGCCUCCUCCACCUCGGUGCUCGUCGACGGAUUCACCGACCCGUCCAACAACAAGAACCGCUUCUGCCUGGGCCUCCUGUCCAACGUCAACCGCAACUCCACCAUCGAGAACACGCGCAGGCACAUCGGCAAAGGGGUGCACUUGUACUACGUGGGCGGGGAGGUGUACGCCGAGUGCCUCAGCGACACCAGCAUCUUCGUCCAGAGUCGGAACUGUAACUACCACCACGGCUUCCACCCCACCACCGUCUGCAAGAUCCCCAGCGGCUGCAGCCUCAAGAUCUUCAACAACCAGGAGUUCGCUCAGCUCCUCGCCCAGUCCGUCAACCACGGCUUCGAGGCCGUCUACGAGCUCACCAAGAUGUGCACCAUACGCAUGAGCUUCGUCAAGGGUUGGGGUGCAGAGUACCACCGGCAGGACGUGACCAGCACCCCCUGCUGGAUCGAGGUUCACCUGCACGGGCCUCUGCAGUGGCUCGACAAAGUCCUGACGCAGAUGGGCUCCCCGCUCAACCCCAUCUCCUCCGUGUCCUAAUGCCCCGCCCCCUCGCCGCAACCGCCCCCUUUGCCCCGCCCCCUCGCCACCUCUGCCCCACCCACCUCUGCCCUUCGUUUUUUUAAAUUUUUUUUUUAUUUAAAGUCGUCCCCGAAGCGGCCGAACUGUUUACACAAACUCUCGGAGAGGACGGAACGAACGCGAGACUCUGAACACUAAAGGCUUGACUGUGAUAAUCAGAUUCUUCGUCAAGUGUGAAUUUUAACUUUUUUUUUUUUUUUUUUAAUUUUUCUUCCCUCAAAUGAUUUCAUGUGUGUAGUUUUUAUCGAAGCAGGACUUUCACGAAAUGUUUUGUAAUGCUCCAUCACCUCCUCCUCCUCUUCCUCCGCUCGUCUCUCCGGUUUUCAUUUUUAAAAUCAAAUAUCACCUGUUUUUUGUUUUGUUUUUGUUUGUUUUUUUUAUUCGUGAACUGAUGACACUGUUUUCACAAAAAUGUUUCUCCUCACGUUUUUUUUUUUUUAAACACACAGACGGUUUAUUGUUGACGUUUGAAUCCGUGUGUCGUUUUUCAAAAUAAAACCAAAAAUAAGAAAACGGAAAAAAAAAAAAAAAAAUUCUUCAUUAUUUGUCUCCAAAACCAAAAUGAAAAAAAAAAAAAAAAAAAACGGAUAAAGGUUUGUUUUUUCAGGUUUUGAUUUUGUGUUUAAAUGAAAAAUGGAAAAAACUGAACCAGGACUAAGACUGAAGCAGGACAAAACUAGGUCUAAGACGGGUCUAAGACGGGACUACGACGGGACUACGACGGGACUAAACUGGUCUCAGUCCUGGUCCUCAGUCCUGGUCCUCAGUCCU